AUGGAUAUUGACGAUCAAGCAAAGAUCGUGAAAAGCCUCAUUGAGAUCGAUGCUAAAUUCCUGGCCAUCUCUCUAGAUCGAUUUGGAGCAGUUUUUUACGCAAAGGACAUGCCGAACUAUGCUCCUACAGAAAUUAGGGGCCAAGUUUCGCCGGCUGUUAAAGAGGAUGUACGACACCGGUUCGUCGUUGGUCCAAGUGUCGAGAGAGAGUUCUGGGAGGAUGGGAGGGCACAAAUGGCUCUCGAUCGCGGCCCUUGGAAUUCAGCAGCUGGAUAUGCUGAGGCGAUAGCUCAUCGCGAGAUACAAUGGAUUGAACGAUAUGCGAAAGCAAAGGUACCUCCGGUUCCUUUGUCGACAUCUGACGCCCAGAAGUCGCCAGAGGUGCAUAUCGACCUGUUACAAAAAUACCUCGGCGUGGUAGGCAAACUCCUCCCAACCGAAGAAGACCUGCUCCUGCCGACGCUAUGGCACCGCGACCUCCACAGAGGCAAUGUGUUUGUUCAUGAAGGUCAAGUUUCUAGCAUCAUCGAUUGGCAGUCCGUCUGGGUUGGCCCCAGGAUCCUUCGCGCCCGCACGCCCCAGCUCGUCGAGUACAACGGAGAGAUCCAGACGAAGCUGCCAGAAAACUUCAACGAGCUGGACCAUGAAGAGAAGGAUCGCGUGCGGGAGGCGGUCCGCCGAUCCAUACUAUUAUAUAUUUACGAAACCUCGACGGCCAAGCGGAAUCCUUCCCUAUACAAGGUCAUGCGCUAUGCCAAUGGCAAGACGUUAGAGCAGCUCGUCGAGUUUGCCCACAACUCGUGGGAGGGAGACAUUUUGCCGUUUCGGGAGGUUCUCAUACGAAUCCAAAGGGAUUGGCAUCUCAUCGACGAGACAUCAACCUGUCCGUACCACUUUUCCAGCGAAGAAAUCGCCCAGCACCUAAAGGAUGGCGCGGGAUUCAACGAAAACGCCGACUUUUGGGACAACCUCGAAGGUCGCGUUCAUCGAAGCGGAUACACAUCGCACGGAGAUUUUCGAGACGCAGUAGCCUACUUCUCGCAGCUACGAAGGGUUGGCUUGGACACACUGGUCGGGAAGGAACGCGAAAGUUUUGAGCUGCAGACGAGGUGGAUGCUUGAUCAUCGAGAGGGCGAUGAUUGA